AGCUUGUUCAGUGUGAAUCUUUCGUGGGACGAAAAAUGGAGAAAAUUAGCAAAAAAUCUGCACCCCGGGCCUCGGUUAAGCUCGGAGAACUAAACUACACUCCGGUGCUGAUUGCACUCGCUGUGGUUCUGUUAACAUUCGUGCUCCUGUUCCUAUGGAAACGGAAGAAGACCGUUCGUUCCGCGGUUCUCUUUACCGGGCUGUGCGAUUCGGGCAAAACGUAUCUGUUCUCCAAUCUGAUCCUGGGCGAUGGCCGGGAAACGUUCACGUCCAUUAAGGAAAAUGUUGGCUCGUUCAGAACGGACAAGGGCCGCGAACUGAAAGUAGUAGAUGUUCCCGGGCACGAGCGUUUGCGAGGAAAGUUCUUCGAUCAGUACAAAAGCAGUGCCAAGGCGAUCGUAUACGUGAUCGAUAGUGUUACCGUGCAGAAGGACGUCCGGGAUGUUGCCGAUUUCCUGUACACCAUACUGGCCGACAAAGCGACAUCAAACCUUCCCGUUAUAGUGCUGUGCAACAAGCAAGAUGAAACAUUGGCCAAAAGCGAGUCAGCCAUCAGGAGCAUGCUGGAGAAAGAAUUCAACAUUGUGCGUCAAACCAGAAAAAACCAGCUUCAGUCCGUCGAUAACAGCUCUUCGUCCGUGGCAUUUUUGGGCAAGUCCGAUCGGGUCGAUUUCGAGUUUGGACAACUUUCGCAAUCGGUAAACUUUGUCGCUUGUUCGGCACAGAAGAAGGAAUUUGACGAGCUAACCACAUUCCUGGAAACUCUGUGAGCAAGGCCAGUGUGCAUUUAAUUACCGUCACGACUUCCCGUGUUGAGUGUGUCUAUGUGUUCGUUUAUGUUAAGGUUUGUCUCAUUUCACUAUCCAUUAGUAAAGUUUUACUGACCA